UGACCCGGUGUCAUGACAUCACACAGGUAUCAAAACACGCUGACUCUCCAAGCCAACCGCCAGUCAGCGGUUAAAGGCAGCCACACCCGUGUUCCUACUUCCUCACAUUUAAACCCGCGAUUAAACUUUAAACCACCAAAAUGGCUUUAACAUAUUUCCGACCGCUAUUUCUUCUCGUGUAUUUCGUGCAUACGUGUGUGGGAGUAGAUCAAAAGGAGGGAAAAGGAUUCCCUGGUAUUGAAACAGAGGGUGGUGUGAUCGUCAGCUUUCAAGCCAAACAUGCCCUGAGCAGUCCCCUUACUGCAGUUUUUCUCCCUGUCAUCUACAUUGUUGUGUUUGCUGUGGGGCUGCCUGCAAAUGCUCUGGCCGUUUGGGUGUUCCUCUUCAGAGUCAAGAAGCAGCAUCCAUCUUCAAUUUACAUGGCAAACCUAGCACUGGCAGAUCUACUCUUUGUCAUCUGGGUGCCGCUGAAGAUUGCAUAUCACUUCAACAAUAACGACUGGAUCUAUGGAGAGAGCUUGUGUAAAGUUCUGGUUGCAUUCUUCUAUGCAAACAUGUACUGCUCAAUCUUGUUUAUCACCUGCAUUAGUGUGCAGCGUUACUGGGCUGUGGUUCACCCAUUAAGCCAGCUACAGAAGGACAACUGUGUGGCCAUUGCCUUGUCUAUCACUGUCUGGAUCAUAGUUUGGACAGUCACAGUGCCACUGUACCUUUAUGAUCAAGAAGUCACAGUUACAAACCUUAACAUCAUCACUUGUCAUGAUGUCACCAGGCCAAGCCAUAAAAAAAUGGCAGCAGGUUACUUCCUCACCAUGGGAACCCUUGGAUUUCUAGUACCUUCAUUUGUCUGCAUCGUGUCCUAUAUCCUCAUGUUGAAGGCUCUUCAGAACAACAUGUCAGACCCUACUAUUGGCAAAAAGCGGAGAAAAGCAAUUCUCCUCAUCAUUACAGUGUUGGUUAUGUUUAUAGUGUGCUUCACUCCCAGUAAUAUAAUGUUAAUAGUCCACUACAGUUUGCUAUUGAGUGACGCCACAAACAGCCUAUAUGGAUUCUACAUCACCACUCUGUGCUUGGCCAGUCUCAACAGCUGCAUUGAUCCAUUUGUUUAUUAUUUUAUUUCUGAGGACUUCAGGGAUCACAUAAAGAACACGUUCAUGUGUCGAAGCCAGCGGACUGUGGAGAGAAUGAGGGUCUCCUUCAAUGCUCUGAAAUACUCAAAGAAGAGCAACACCUACACUUCUGACACAGCCAAUACACAGAGCUCUGAGUGCUAGUCAAUUUGUCAGUGUAGGGUUACAAUCUCCUUUUGUUUUAUGUUAUCUUGUUACUAUAAAUUACAUUGUAAUCUACUUUUUUUUCUCUCUCUGACAAAAUAUGAGUCUUUUACGCAUGGGCAUUAUUUGUAUACUUUUGUUCUUGACUGUGGAUAUUGUGUUUUUAUAUUGUUAAUUAAAGUUUCUAAAGAAAUCA